GUAACAGACCAGACUUAGAAAUCACUUGAUUUAACUCAGCAGCACGUUUCUGUGUGUGUAUUACUCUAGCAGUCUUCUCUAAAUAAUUGGGGCAUUAGAUUCAUGUGAGCAGAAGGAGUCAAAAACUGCCAAAACGGCAAACUGUUAGAAAGAGCUACGUGGUAGGAUUUUACACCAGAAGAGAAAAGUUUCAGUGUGCUUUGAAAUGAAAGAAGAAUUAAGUCGUGUUUUUAUUCAAAUGAAUUGGCAUCUUUAUAUGUAGGGGAAGUUAUAUUGGUAAAUAUUUAUGUCAAGAAUCAUGACUGGGAAACACUCAGACGUUUCUUAGAGAAGUACAUAUUUUACAAGCAAGGACAGGGUCUGCGUGUACAUCUGUGGUUCUGGGUGUCUUGUGAAGACCAUUUUAGGUGACCGGCAAAGGGAAGGAAAUGCCCUAGUGAUACUGGAGCCACAGUCAUAUUGCCAGUACCAUGUCUACCAUACAAAGAAAAGCCAGCAGCCACCUGUUCAACAGCCUGCACACCUAUAAACUGAAGCUUCUGGAGGACCAGCCACAGCAAGAAAAAUCUGUCAUUGCUCAACCAAUAUUUGUUUUUGAAAAGAGAGAAAAAACUUUUAAGAGACCUGCAGAGGACACCCUGUAUGAAGCAGCAGAACAUGAAUGUAAUGGUUUUUCAAGAAAGCGCGUACGGUCUUCAUCUUUUACUUUGCAGACUGCAGAUUCUCAGUCCCAAGGAGCAUCAACCUUGUCCCAGAAGCGAAUGAGAUCAUCAUCCUUCACCGACCUCCCGGCCUUCCCCCCUUCUGGACCAGUGAAGAAAAACAAUGUGUUUAUGACAUCAACUCUUGUGCAAAGGGAUGUUGAUAUGAACAGUUCAGAACAAGGUCCCGCGAAACAUUCUGAAAAUAUUCUAAGACCUGCUAUCUUGCAGCCACCUCAAGCUCACAGGUGUGAAAAAGUGAGAAAAACAUUUGGAUACAAUGCCUUGGAAUCCUGCAAGACUAAAGAAAAAGCAAAAAAUAAGAUUUCUGAAGGGAACUCCUAUUUGCUAAGUGAAAAUUUACCAAGUGCCAGAAUUUCAGUCCAGCUGUCUCCUAACCAGAAUGUUCUAGGUGCUACAUCAGUAGGAUGUCAACCAAAUGAAGAUAAGUAUUCUUUUAAAAGCUACAGUUCUGAUUUCGUUUUUGGAGAAAACAUGGUAGAAAGAGUUUUGGGUACUCAAAAGCUCACCCAGGCUCAACUUGAGAAUGAUUCAUACACCAAGGAAAAAACAUUCAAAUCCACUCUAAAAUUUCCUAUCAACUCUCCAAUGUCAAGAACAGACUCUAUUAAAGGUAUAUCCCUAAUUGAAUCAGCUGCUGCUUUCUCUUCUAAACCAUCACCUAAAUGCUUGCUGGAGAAAAUUGAUGUUAUUACUGGGGAGGAAUCAGAACAUAAUGUGUUAAAGAUCAACUGCAAGCUUUUUAUUCUCAACAAAACAGCACAGUCCUGGAUUGAAAGGGGCAGAGGAGCUUUGAGAUUGAAUGACACAGCAAGCAGUGACCGUGGAACAUUCCAGUCAAGACUAAUUAUGCGCAAUCAAGGCAGCCUGAGGCUGAUCCUCAAUAGCAAACUCUGGGCUCAAAUGGAGAUUCAAAGAGCAAACCACAAAAAUUUACGAAUAACUGCUACUGAUUUAGAAGACUGUAGCAUCAAAGUGUUUUUAAUUCAGGCCAGUGCCAAAGAUACAGGAUAUCUGUAUGCAGCCAUACAUCAUCGUCUUGUUGCACUUCGAAGCUUUGAUAAGCAGAAAGAUAUAAAUCAACCUGAAAGCCAGUCAGAAACAGCCCUCCAACAAUUAAACUUCGAUAGCUGUGAUGAGGAUGAGGAUGAUUUCAUCCAGGUCACUAAAAAUAGAUCAGAUUCUUCUAGAUGGACCCACAGACAGUCGGUUGCCUGUUCAUGAGUGCUAUCUGUUAUAAACAUGACAUCUACAGAAAGAUCACCUUACUGAGAAAACUAAACCAUCCUAACUAAAUGGGAAGAUCCUGUUCAUUCCUUGAAGAGUUUUUAUAGAAAAGUUCAAGAAAUAUAAUUUGUUGCAAUUAAAAUUUUUCUCUUAUGUAGUCUCAUAAUUCUGAGAUUUUACAUUUUGAUUAUUGUGGGGAAAAUGACAGAAUUUAAGAAAUACAUAGACUUUGGAAGUUCAAAAUUUAUCAUUUUUGAAGAAGUUAAUUUAGAAUAGGAUUUGAUAACUAAUUUGGACUAUGCAUCACAUUGAUGGAUACAACAGAAUUAUAAAUUGCUGGAUUUGAUAAAUAUCUAACUAAAUAUUUAUUUUUUCAGUCAAGCAUUGGCCAUAAAACAAAUAUUUUACAACAUUUCCAGAGUCAUUUCUUUGAAAAACACUAUAACUACAUGAUAACAUUUCAUUAAAUCAUGCUUUCCUUCUGGGAAAUGUAUAUUUUCAUUUAGCCUUUGGAUUUUCUAAUACUGUAAGAUUAUAUAUUCAUGGUAUGAAUUCCUUUAAAGAGAAUAUUUGUUCUUGGACUCGUAUCUAUUGUACCUUGUAUAUGCUGACGCACAGUCAGCAUCCAAUAGUUGGUGAAGGAAUGAAUAAAAUAUAUUACCUAUGUAUCAAAACAGUAAGUAUAGAAAAAGUGACAUAUGUUAACUUUAGUUGU